UUUCUUACACAACCCCUCUUCUUCUCCACCUUCUCUCCAUUUUCUCUUUCUCUCUACUUCUUCUACUCCUCUUUCUCCAUCUCCCAACUCGAUCAUAUAUUUCCAAAAACUAAUGAUCAAGUUCAACUAAAUAUCCAAUUCUUGAUUCGACCCUUCUUUCCUCUCUCGAUCGCUUUAGUUUCUUGUAAAUAUAUAUAGUCUUUAUAUAGAGCAUAUAUAUAUAAACAUGAAGCGAUGUCUAGAUCAGAUGGCGAGAGGCUACAAUGAUCAUGAAAGCAGUCAAGAAACCGGACCCGAGUCACCAAAUUCUUCAACCUUCAGCGACAUGAAAGCUCUCAUCUCUUCUCAUUCACCUAAGAGAAGCAGGAGAUCCGUAGACAAAAGAGUAGUGAACGUACCGAUGAAAGAAAUGGAAGGAUCUCGGCACAAAGGCGACACAACUCCGCCGUCAGAUUCAUGGGCUUGGCGUAAGUACGGCCAAAAGCCCAUUAAGGGAUCUCCUUACCCUAGAGGUUAUUACCGAUGUAGUAGCACCAAAGGUUGUCCGGCCAGGAAGCAAGUCGAGAGAAGCAGAGAUGAUCCAACGAUGAUCCUCAUCACUUACACCUCUGAGCAUAACCAUCCUUGGCCUGCCGCGUCAUCCUCAAGAAACGGACCUAAACCAAAACCCGAAGCCAAACCCGAACCAGAGCCUGAGGUAGAGCCGGAGGUGGAGGUUGAUGUUGAGGUUGAGGAGGAGGAUGAUAAGUUUAUGGUUCUUGGAAGAGAGAUUGAAACAACACCGUCAUGUGUCGACGAGUUCGCGUGGUUUACGGAGAUGGAGACGACGUCCUCGACGAUUCUUGAAAGUCCGAUAUUCUCAUCGUCAUCGGAGAAAAAGACAGCUGUCACGGCUGCGUCGGAUGACGUGGCGGUGUUCUUUCCGAUGGGAGAGGAGGAUGAGUCUUUGUUCGCCGAUCUCGGGGAGUUGCCGGAGUGUUCGGUGGUGUUUCGUCACCGGAGUAGCGUAGUUGGGUCACAAGUCGAGAUCUUUUGACACGUGGUGGUAUGUUAUUGGGUAUUGUUGUCGCUCACAUGGGAAGCGUUGUACGCACGGCGUUUUUUUUUAAUAUUUUAGUUUCUUCUCAACGGUAAUCAAUAAAUCAUCAUAUAAAAGAC